AUCAGCUGUUCUCGAGGGAAGCCGUCCGAGAGAGGAAAGAAUGAAGGGAUGCUGAAUAGGACAGCAAGAUGAGUGGGAGCAAAUCAUUUACAUUUAAUGUUAGCUCCAAGGUAGCUGUUGCUACUGCCUUGGGUGCAGGUGUUGUGGUAGGGGCAGGGUUGGCCUACGUCAUAAAUCGGGUCAAUGAACACACUCACCUCACCCAACAAAUAUCCAGCCUGCACGAAACCAUCUUACAAGUCAGAAGGGAUCUGGCGUCUUUAGAAACUGAAGUAUCAGCGACUCGGGUAUCCCCAUUCCGCAAGAAGACAGUUAGUUUCAGUAGCACGACAUCCGGCAGCUACAAGACUGCACGCGAAUACGACAGUGACAAUCGAGCCACUGAUACCGACUACUUUUCUCCAGACGAAGAUGACGACGAGUUCUUUGAUCUCUCACCUGAAGAUGGUUCAGUGCUGAUUUCAUAUGGAGACUCCUCCUAUGCACCACCUGCCGACAUCGAACGAAUAUCCCCAGUGUCUCUGGAAGAUGAUGAAGAUUUCCAGCUUUUCUUGCACAAGAUUGAUCAACUCCUAGAAGGGGGGAGUGAAGAUCAGUCAGAAGCAUACACUAUGCUGAAGAAUAAAGAACAUGAGAAUUCAAGAAAUGCUGAAUUUCUUUGGCGGCUAGCAAAGGCAACAAGAAAUAUGGCAGUGAUUCAAGAAAAGCUUGGUGUUACAGAAGAAAAGGAACAAUUCAUUAAUGAAGCUUUUGAAUAUGCAGCAUGUGCACUACAGUUGUGUCAAGAUAGUGCCGAUGUCCACAAGUGGUAUGCUAUCUUGGCUGGUGCAAGAGGGGAAUACAUGGGGAUGAAGGAUCGCAUUGAGAGUGGAAAUGUCUUUAAAGAACACAUUGACAAAGCUCUGCAGAUCAACCCUAAGGACUCGACUUUGCAUCAUCUGUUGGGUCGUUUCUGUUUCGAGGUAUCUCAGCUCACCUGGCUAGAGAGAAAGGUGGCAAAAACCAUUUUUGGGAAUGUCCCUUCCUCCACAUUCAGUGAGGCCUUGCAUCAUUUCAUGGCAGCAGAGGAGCUAAGACCAACGGGCUGGAAGGAAAACCGCCUCUAUAUAGCAAAGUGCAACAUACAGUUAGGGAAUUUUUCUGUGGCUUCUACUUGGCUCAAGCAAGCAGCAGACUCUCCUUUUAUUACACCAGAUGAUGAAAUUGUACAGAAGGAAGUGUUGGAACUACAAGGAAAAUGCUCCUCCUACCCUGAGUUUUAAGUUUAUUAGAACAAGUCUGCCAAUAGACAAAACCAGAGUUAAAACUUCAUAGGUGCAAAGACUAUAGGAAAUGGAUUCUGCAUUAUAUUGCACUAUUUACUCUAAACACAUUUAGAUGGUAAGGAAAUCAGGAAUUUAAAUUCUCACCACAUUCUGGUUGGCAGAAUCUUCCGUCUUGAGGUUCAUGUAUAGUUUUAGAAAAGGGUGAAUGCAAGACUUUUAUUAGGUUGAUUAAGGGAGAGAAUAAGUUUCCUGUUUGAAAUGUCCAUUAUUUUAGUACAAGAAUCUGAAAAUAACAAAAACAAGUCCAGGUUGACAUUUGAGAUGUAAAGACAAUAUAGAACCAAAAAUUGUUUCAAACUGUAAUGAUGUAAGCCACAGGCUAGUACAUCCUUAACCAGGUGUAUGUACAUGCUCUUAAGGUUAUAGUUUUGUAAGUUGAGUUUCAACCAUAGUGUCUGUGAUGUUAUUAUAUAGGAUAUUCUUUUUGUUUUAGAUACAAAAUGUAACAAAAAAGAUCUUUAAUAAUAAGAAUCAAUAUAUGAAUAGGUUUAUUCUGUAAGCAUAUAAUUCUGUCAGUCCAUAGGGGUAUGUUUGUUGUUAUUUUUUCCUUCCUUGUUAAGUGUGUGAAGUGGGUGAAUGAUUGUGUGAGUGAAGUGGGGAAUGACACAUUUAGAAUCUACUUAGCUUGACAUACUGACUAAUAGACUGAUGAAGAUAGAAAGCAAGAGAACAAAAAAGGAAAGAAAGAAAAAGAGAUUAAAACAUCAAAAUGAUAUAUUAUAAGCAAAAACCUGAUAAUUGCAUAUGACACAAUGCCAUUGUUUACUGUUUAUUGGCAGAUUUACUAGUGAAUUUAGUUCAAAAUAGGUUUUACUGAAGCAAGUUUUAAGUAGUCUCUUGCUGUCUACUAACAGUCUACAUGCUUGUAUAUCAAUAAAAGUACCAUGUAUAAAUGGUAUACUUACAUACAUUAAAGAUUUUAGCUCAUCAUAUUGAUUCUCUUAUAGAGUGAAUAUUUAUAUGUAUUUAUUUAUGGUGGGGGUUUGUGUAUUUCCUUGGUUGUUUGUUGUUAAUUAAUUUAUUUGCAUCUUUUUUUCUUGGCAGUUGUAACAAUCAACUGAAGAAAAGAAUAGUUAUACUUUGCAGCACUGGGUUCUAAGUUAUUGGUGUCUUGCGAUAAACCAAGCCACAGUUAGCCUUUUUGUAAAGAUUGAGGUAAAAUGAGGAGUAGAUAAAAAAGAAGGUAUAAAAAAAUAAAAACAAUAGAAUUAAUAAAUUGAGAUUUAAUAGGCAACAUGUAUAGGGAAAAUUAUAGGUGUUUAAGGAAAGAUACGAUAUUCAGUUGUUAGACAUAUUUUCAGAAACAUAGAUUUACUAAAAAACAAUAGAAAACACAAAGUAAAUAGAUAUAAGGAAAGUUGUUGGUGUUGUGUAUGCACAGUAGAUAAUCAUUCUGUACAUUAUUUAAUGGUUUGCUACAUUAACCUGUGCAUGCAUGCCAUGCCCACUGUGAGUUUAAUUUAUUAAUCAUUUUAAUUUCAUUAACCUAAUGUUAGCAGGUUUAUGUACUGUCCCCUUUAGAUUUUUGUGAGUUUUGUUACAAACAGGUGGCUCCAUGUGUGCUCAGCCACCAAGGGGUCUAUCAGUUGGCCCUAGUGACUGAUCCUGAUUUCUCUAUUCCUUGAAUUGGCAGGAAAAUGUGUUUUUCUUUCUAAUACUAUUAAUAUUGACAUUAUCAUUCUUAUUGAUAUUAUGAUUAUUAGAUUGUUAUUAAGAUAUUAAUAACAUCAAAGAAAAUAAAAUAAUAGAAAUGAUAAAAAAAAAAUCAAGGAAAAGGGUAAACAGUUGAGAUAGGUAUGACUAAUAGCUGACUCCAUUUGUUGAGCCAUCUAAGUGUAAAGACAAUAGAUAAACUUUUAUGACAGUGGGCAUGGCAUUGUAGUCUUGCCACCCAUGCUAAUUGGGUUAAAGGUCUUUACACAUAGAUGGCUCCACAAGUACAAAGUUAUUAACCCAAUGGCGCCGGGUGUACAAAACAAAAAAAAAACAAAAAAACUCUACACUCUAGCAAACAAAGGCGGCGCGCCGACUUUGAGCGCAUGAGUAGGGGACAUCAGCCCGAAUCACUGGCUUGCUGUGCUAUGGCGUGCCGCCGCAGCGUACAGCUGCACGCCAGCUUUUGAGCGGUUUGUUUUCACGCCGAUUGGCGUCACCCGGCGUUAAGGGGUUAAUGAGCCAGUUAUGAGUACUACCUAUCUCACCUGUUUACCCUUUUCCUUGAUUUUCAAAAAUAUUUUCUGGUAUCUAAUAUGCUGUUCAUAAUGUCAGUAAUACUAUCAUAAUUAUAGCUUCUAUAAUUAAGAUAACAGCAUUGAUAUUGAUAGCAUUAGAUUAAAAAAAAAGUGAAAUCAGUUAAGGUCACAAGCUCUGCUAAUUGACUCCUUUGUUGCUAAGCACUUGCAGAGACAUUUCACAAAACAGUACUACAGUGAACACAACAUUUCCCUAUAGACUUUGGGUUAAAUGUGGUUGGAUAUUGAUCUACAUUAAGGCCAUCUUCUUUAUAACAGGGCUACCCCAUUGUAAUGGGAAAAUGUAGGUGAAAAAAGACAAAAAACAAUGGAGUGAGAUAUAUAAAAAAAAGUUUAAAUAUACAUACAUUUCAGUUUAACAAGUAGGGUAUUUCAUUCAUUAGUCUUAGAAUAGAAAAAUGGUAAAAAGUUUGUUAUUUGAUUACUGAAUGUAAUCUGGUAUUGCUAUUAUCAAUUUUCCAUAUAUUUUUACUUUUUAGAAGUAUUAAUUUUAUUAGGUUCAGAAUUUUCUUAUAGAUACUAUUUGUGAAAGAUGAAUCUGCAGGGUAGUUGUAAAGAUUACAUGCAUACCUUAUGGGUAUUUAUCAUGUUUUAUAUAAAUGUUAAAAUAUUUUUAGGUUUGGUUAUUUUUUUGUAAGACACUUUUGUUGCACCAAAUUAGGGUUCUUUAUAAAAAUGUUUGUGUAAAAAAAAAAACUUUGUCAAAACUCUGUGUAAGACUACUUCACAACUCACUUUUACAUAUUUGUAUUAUUACUAAUAUUUUCACUAAUUAUUUAUAAACUGAGAAAGCUGCAAUAAAAGGCAGUUUCAGAGGGUCACAGCUUUUCUCUGGUCCAGAUUAGUUGCUCAUUCACUGCUCAUUAUUGUUUAGAUUUAUUAUAGUUGUCACAAGUGCUUUGAUAUUGGUCACAGACGGUAGAAUGAUUUUUGUGUCAUAUCUUCACUCAUAGAACAAGAUCUUAUUUCAAAUUAGCUGGAUUAGAUGACUGGCUCCACGGAUCAGUUUAAGAGAUAGGUACAGUAUUUGUAGGGGCAUAGCUAGAGAAAUAUGCCCACCUCCCAAAUUUAAAAAUUCAGCUCCCCCAACAGAAACGGUCCCACUUUUUAGGAAAUUUUGAUCAAACCGGGGGAGUUUAGUAGCUGCAUCCAUGUAAGUGUGUCUGUAAAAAACAUAUUGAUAAAUAGAUAGAAAGAUAGAUUGACGGAUAGGUAGAAAGAUAGGGAGAUACAUAGAUAAAAAGAUAGAUAACUAGGAACAUAGGGGGACAGAUAGAUGGUUAGAUAGAUAGAUAGAUAGAUAGAUAGAUAGAUAGAUAGAUAGAUAGAUAGAUAGGUAGAUAGAUAGAUAGAUAGAUAGGUAGAUAGAUAGAUAGAUAGAUAGAUAGAUAGAUAGAUAGAUAGAUAGAUAGAUAGAUAGAUAGAUAGAUAGAUAGAUAGAUAGAUAGAUAGAUAGAUAGAUAAAUAAAUAAAUAGAUUGGUAGGUAGAUUGGAAGGAAGAUAGAAAGAUACAUAUAUAUGUAUA